UCGUCUUGCGAACUUCGAGUCCGUUUCAGUCAACAUGGCAACAACCUCAGAAUCCGAACACCCCGAAAGAGAGAAGAAGGCAACUACGCAAGCCGAUGAAGAACAAAAGUUUGCUUCGCAGGUGGGAUGGAGGGCGCUCUUCGGCUUCACCACAACCAGUCACAUUACGGUGCUAAUCAGCGCGCUCGCAAGCGCAGCAGCUGCUGCUGCCACCCUACCCGUUUUCUCCAUGAUAUACGGCCGCAUCUUUAGCGCAUACUCGGACUACGGUGCUGGAAAUCUCGACGGCGAUGAGCUACUGAGUGAAGUCACAAGGCUCUGUUUGAUCAUGACUGGUGUCGCUGCAGCAAGUUGGGUUCUCAACAGCGUGUUUUUCUGUUUUUUCCUGCUGUUCGGGGAAUUGCAAGCGAAGAGUGCGCGAACCAGGAUCUUCGACGUGCUUGUUCGAAAGGACAUGGCAUGGUUCGAUUUGCGGGAAAGCGGCAUCGCCGCAUUCCUACCUACCAUUCAGAUGAACAUUCGCGAUCUGCAGCUGUCAGUAUCUGCACCGCUGGGUGAAGCGCUUCAGUGCACUAUCGCCGCGGUUGCAGCUCUGGGGGUAGCAUUUUACUACUCCUGGAAGCUGACCCUCGUCAUCAAUUGUACAGUUCCUUUGGUCUACCUCGCAGAAGCAUUCCUAUCGAAGAAACUAUCUGCAAGAGCGCACGAUCAGGCGGACCAGCUUCAACAGGCGCUGAAAUAUAUCACCAACGCCAUACAAAGUAUCGAGACGGUCAAGUGCUUCAAUGGCGAGAGCCACGAGCUGCAAGUCUUCACAAAGGCUACCUCUCUGGCUGCCACCCUGUACAAGCGCGUGGCGAAUUUGCGAUCUAUGCAAAUAGGGCUGAUACAUUUCUUCACCUUCACGGUCUUUGUCCAAGGCUUCGCCUACGGUUCGCACCUGACCAGAACUGGGGCCCUCGACAUCAAUAGUGUGAUCACUACAUUCUGGGCAGCAUUGUUGGCCAUAGGAGCUAUCACAGGAUUCCUCCCACAAUUUAUCGUCAUGCAGAAAGGCAAGGUCUCUGGAGCUAGACUUCGAGCUUUGAUGGAGCAAAUGUCUAAGGAGGAUGGGCCACACGAAUCUCAAGGAGAGUUCAAACCUUUGAGCUGUCCAGGUGAUGUCGAAUUCAGAAACGUCACUUUCUCCUAUCCCACACGAACUGACGAGAUCGCUCUUCGAGAAGUAACUCUGCUCUUCCCAGCAGGAGAAACAACAUACGUCAUUGGCAAAAGCGGUUCGGGCAAAAGCACCCUAGGCCAGCUGCUUGUUCGGUUCUACCAGCCGUCUUCGGGUCAGAUAUUGCUGGAUCAUGUGCCGCUUAACGAGCUAGACGUUCACUGGCUGCGACAAAAUGUCACGUUGGUGGAGCAGCACAGUGUCUUGUUCGACGACACCAUCCAUAACAACAUCACUCUAGGUGAUCAAAGUCGGACUGUAACGAUGGAUGACGUCAAGAACGCGGUCAGCUUUGCUAUGCUGGAUCCGAUCGUGAAGGGUCAUCCAGCAGGCUUCGAGACCAAUCUUGGCGCGAACGGAAGCUCUCUGAGUGGAGGACAGAAGCAAAGGAUGGCUUUGGCGCGUGUUCGGAUACGCGACACACCUGUGUUGAUAUUGGAUGAGUCCACCAGUGCUCUCGACUAUGUCACGCGAGCCAUGAUCCUCCAUGCCAUACGCGAAUGGCGUCAGGGAAAGACGACGAUAGUCAUCACGCACGACUUGUCUCAGAUCCAGGCGCAUGAUUUCCUCUAUCUUCUCGGAAAAGCGCAGGUGCUCCAAGAAGGCUAUCGUAAGGAUCUAGAGGUACAACCUGGGAUCUUCCACUCUUUCCUUGCAUCGAACGAAGGAAAAAAGGAAGACAUUCAAAGCGAAUACUUAUCAGACGAUGAGUUCGAUGACGCUCAAAUGAAUGAAAUUAGGUCUCUCUAUCGCGAUUCGUGGAUCAGGCCUACACUAGCAAGACGGCCACUCUCUGCAGCCUUGUUCGGACAGUCUGUACUAUCGUCCUUCCAUAGUGAAAGCGCACUGGGCCGGGUUGACACUGUCGCCAUCAGAAUAGACAACAGGCUGACGAGAGUGGCUGAUGAAGAAAGCAGUAACCUUGAUGAAGAGGACUUCUUCAACGCUGAUCGAGUUUCGCUCGAGCCACCACCCGAGACAUUGUCACCCGUAUCGGAUGUCUUUAUGACCAAUCAGUUCAACACUGCACGCACAUCCAGGACCCUCCUCAACGAUCGCAUGACCGAGAUGCACUCGUUCAAAGAGAAGGACUACGGCUCAAGACCAGCUUCCAGAGCAUCGUCACGGCCGAUGUCAAUUCACUCUGCUUACCCGAAGCCGGUGUCUAUCGCUACGGUCCACAUGUCGCACCUUCCUCAGCCCGUAAAGCAUUCAAGGCGAAGGAAACUUCGGUCCAGGUUCAGUCGUGAGACAAUUACCGAUGAGCCAAAGCUUCCUACAGACUCUCUGUCUAUCACGCACAUUCUGAGGACUGUAUGGCCCAUCCUUGGUUGGCGCUCGCGACUCGCUCUCUUCGCCGCCGUUUUGGCAACGCUGGUACAUUCCCUCGCAACUCCAGUAUUCGCCUGGGUGUUCUCACAGUUGCUUGCCACUUUCUACGCCGUCAAAGACACGAAAGCUGAAUCUAUCAGGUAUGUGCUGAUCAUACUAGGCAUUGCUGUGACAGAUAGCCUUGCGAAUUACCUCAUGUUUUAUCUCUUCGAUAGCGUCGCACAAUCAUGGACCCAAGCACUGAAAGUUGAGGCCAUGAGGCGUAUACUUGCGCAGCCUCGCGAGUUCUUCGACAAGGAAGGGAACAGCAUGCCAUGCUUGGCUGAGUCUCUGGAUUACUUUGCUGAGGAAGCCCGCAACCUGCCUGGACGCUUUAUGGGUAUCUUCCUUGCCAUGUUCCUUGUGAUGGUGAUAUCCGUCACCUGGAGCUUGGCUAUUUCCUGGAAAGUGACGCUGGUCGCCCUUGCAGCAGUGCCUGUCGUCCUUGCUGUUAUAAAGGCAUACAAUAUGAUCAGCAGUCACUGGGAAACCCUUGCGAACAAGGCUGCCGACAAUGUUGGCCAAGUCCUUCACGAGACAAUCGUCAAUAUUCGUACAGUACGCUGCCUAACCUUGGAAGACCACUUUCAUAAGAAGUACGAGGAAGCAACGACAAACGCUGUCAACAUUGGUACGAAGCGCGCUAUCUACUCCGGAUCCAUUUUCGGCCUUCUCAAUUCCUCCGUCCUCUUUGUGACGAUCGCUCUCUUCUGGUUUGGCGCAUGGCUUAUCUCCCGCAAGGAACACUCCAUUCUCAAGGUCACGGAGACAUUCAUGAUCCUUAUGCUGUCUAUCAACGAUAUCAGCGGGAUGUCACAAUACUUGACCCAAGUCAAUAUCUCUCGAGAAGCCGGGGCACGCCUUCUCCGUCUUGCUUGCCUCCCCGAAAUCUCCCACGAAGAUCACGGGACCCUCAAGAUCGAAUCCGCUGGCGACAUUUCCUUCAACAAUGUAUCUUUCACCUACCCGACCCGCCGAGGCCACCAAGUCUUACACAACAUUUCAUUCUCCAUCCCGCGCGGCUCCUGCACCGCUAUCGUUGGCUCCUCCGGCUCCGGAAAGUCCACUGUCGCUGCCCUUCUACUGAAACUCUACCCCACAAACGCAAGUCUUCAUACUUUCCUCGCCUCCUCGGCUAAAGACCUCUCCAUCUCCGGGCAAAGCAUCGAGACACUACACACUGGCUCCCUACGUUCUCACAUGGCCAUCGUCAGCCAAACACCCGUUCUCUUCCCCGGCACCAUCGCGCAAAACAUCGCAUACGCACUUGCCCCGUCCAGCCCAGAGUCAGACAUGGAGAGUAUCCGCGCCGCGGCCGCCGCAGCCGGUGUGAGCGAGUUCAUCGACAGCCUGCCCAACGGGUACCAGACAUUGAUCGGCAACGGCGGCACGGUGUUGUCUGGCGGCCAGGCGCAGAGAAUCGCCAUCGCGCGCGCGCUGGUCAGGAACCCGGAUAUCCUCAUCUUGGACGAGGCGACGAGUGCGCUUGAUGCCGUGGCAGCGAGUACCAUCCGCGAAACUGUGCAACGCCUCGUGUCCUCCGCGACUAAGCACGACGACACAACUGGCCUGCCAAUGAGUCCGAGGAGUAGGGGCGGUGGACUCUGGGCGGAUGAGGAUUGGGAGAAGAGGAAGAAGAAGAAGAAGCAGAUGACGGUCAUCAUUAUUACGCAUGCGAAGGAGAUGAUGAGUAUCGCAGAUCACGUUGUCAUGUUGGACAAGGGGAGGGUAGUCGAGGAAGGCGGGUACGCGGAGUUGAAGAGGAAGAGGGGUGGGGCUUUUGCGAGGUUGUGGAAGGGUAAGGCGGCGGAGUAG